GGUAGCAGCAGCUAGGCUGUGCAGUGCCAGCAGCGGCUAAAAAGAUGCACACAGCUCGGGCUGUGGAGAGCAGAGAGGUGCCUGGAAGCUAGUAGCCUAUAUGUUUAAUUCAGAGGGGGAUCUGCUGUCGCGGUACGACGCUAACAGACAUGGCCGGGAUUAUAAAAAAGCAAAUUUUGAAACAUUUGUCAAGGUUCACCAAGAAUCUGUCCCCGGACAAAAUCAAUCUGAGUACGCUGAAGGGGGAGGGGCAGCUGUCCAACCUCGAGCUCGAUGAAGAGGUUCUGCAGAACAUGCUUGACCUGCCGACAUGGCUGGCUGUCACCCGGGUCUACUGCAACAAAGCCGCCAUCAGGAUACAAUGGACAAAGUUGAAAACAAGCCCCAUCUGUCUGUUCCUGGAUAAGGUGGAGGUAGAGAUGAGGACAUGUGAGGAGCCACGUCCCCCUAAUGGCCCCUCUCCUAUAGCUAUCACAGCAGGCCAGAGCGAGUACGGCUUUGCUGAGAAAGUGGUGGAGGGCAUGUCUGUUAGGAUCAACUCCAUUACCAUCAAGGUCCAGGCUCGUGCCUUCCAUGCCUCCUUCGAACUCUGGCAGCUACAAGGCAACAGCCUCAACCCCAAAUGGCAGCGCAGUGACCUCCGCUACACCCGUGUCACCGACCCAAAGAGAGGAGAGGUGCUGACAUUCAAAGAAAUAAACUGGCAGAGUCUACGAAUCGAGGCAGAUGCCAUCGUGAGUGACGACCAGGACCUCGGUAGCACCCCAUUACGUCUCAUCACCAACCAGGGACGCAUUCGCAUCGCAUUAAAACGCAGAAUAAAGGACUGUAAUGUGCUGGCAUCCAAGCUGCUUUUCAUUCUGGACGACCUGCUGUGGGUGCUGACGGACUCCCAGCUCAAAGCCAUCAUCCAUUACGCCAAAUCUCUCAGUGAGGCCAUGGAGAAGUCUGCCCAGCAGAGGAAGAGCAGGACUGCUGAAUCCCUACAGACUGCUCCUCCAUCGCCUGGUCUCCACAGCCUUUGGACAGAGCCCCCACCCGCUCCUACUCGCACCCCCAGCAACAUGAGUCAGUACUUUGAUCUCUAUGAUGUCAAGGAGUCUUCUUACCACACCUUCAUAUCCCGCUUGGACUUACACGUAUGCAACGACAGUUCUUCAAUGGAAGACGAUGACGCGCCACCACCGGGUUUACAAGGGGCCAUGCAGCUGACGUUCAGGAAGCUGGGUUUUGACUACUACCCCAUCCACAGACCUGCUGAUGGAUGUCGACACUGGGAACGCCACAGCGGAGCCAUGGAGGCUCAGGCCCAGUGGGCCGGAAAACUGCUGCAGGAGUAUCAGAGGAGAGCAGAGGCUUCUGGGUUCCCUGGACCGCACACUGAGGCACCCGAGACAACCAAGGACAACUCUUCAAAGACCGCUAAAGAUGGACAGUCCAGUCCCAAGUCGAGCCCCUCCGACACAGAGCAGCCAUCCAGCAGGAACUCUGUCACAGCUCCUUCAGGGUCAUCACUGAAGAGGCUGCGCUCCAGCUGUGUGGUGGUCAGGAUGGAUGACGUGGACAUUCGCCAGGUGUCUACAAGAGGCCGUCAGAACAAGAAGACGCGGUCUUUCAUAUCCUGCAAUCGUAAAACUCUGUGUUUGCCAGACAACGUACCAGCAGUUCAUCUGCAGUUCACCGAAUACUACUUUCCUGACAACCCCAGUUUUUCAGUGCCCACCUCAAAUCUAUAUGCCCAGCUGAAUGGCCUCCAGCUCUGUGUAGACCCAGCCAGCGUGCUGUGGAUCAAUCUGUUCUCCAGGGGUCUGCUGCACACCCUGGACCAGGUCAAAGCUUUCUACCAUUUGCAAGACAGCAGCCUGGCUGAAGAGCAUGUAGAUGUCCGCAUGGAUGCAGCUCAGCUUAAGUUGAUAAUCCCCUUGGAUUCUUCUAUAUUGGAUCAUCCGGAGCGUCCACAGUCCCUCUCUGUAACUGUACCCCAGAUGGUUCUCAGCAACACUCGCCUCUGUCCUCAUGGCUCCAGGGCUGACCUCAACAGCACUAUUGUCAAGUUCGCCAGCUGCCCUUUCUUCCAGUCCAAACCUCCCUGCUGCCCCUACCCCAGAGACCAGAGUGCCUUUCACCCCCUCCCAUCAGCCUUCCUCCAGCACUCUCAAGAGACAGAGCCCCAACCUCUGGACAGAAAGCUGCUACGAUCACAGGAUGUCUGGUCUCUCAGUCUGUCCCGUGUGACCCUUGGAUUUGACGGAGCUCGGCGAUUCCCCAAAGGCAGAACCCAACCUUUUGUUGAGCCCUUCGCCAUGUCUGUGUGGAUGUGUCAGCCCUCUGCUUUUAAAAAUGGGUCAUCAUCUUCCUCCUCGAGUCCCAGCAGAGCCCACAGCCCUUCAUCAGAGCAAGAAGACGCUUCACUCGCCUCUAUCCACUUUUUGGCCCACACCAUCACUCCGGUGAAGAUGUGGCUCAACCACUACCAGUUUGUCGCCCUGCUGAGGAUGAAGGACGCCAUGGCUCGGUUAGGGGCCGAGUUGGGCCGGGAUCUACGAGACGUUAAGCAGGCUCACGGCCAGAAGACAAAACCUACCACAGCUUGUCUUGCCCUCCUGGUGGACUCUGCAGAAGUGGGUCUCCUGUUGCCGCCAGUGAACACAGAGCCUGAAGGGGAAGUUCCCCACACUCCAGAGACUGACAGCCCAAGCAUGACAGACUCUGACAUCUCCCCCAUACAUCACUCUGCGGUCCUGGAGGACAGCGGUUUGGAAAACGGCAUCUCCUCCAUCAAUACGGUCUCUGCGUUUGAUCAGGAUGAACAGGAUGAGGUGGUGGAGGAGGCGUGUGAGGCCGUGGAGGAAGGGUUGGACGGAGAUGGUUUGACAACACAGGAGGACACCCCUCUCCUCUCGCCUCCACUCUCACCUGGACACUCCCCUGUCCUCUCCCGCGAACCGUCCAACUUCAGCCUGGAGGGAGAGCUGUCGAGCGCCAUCAACGUCACCAAGGAUGUGACCAAAGAUGCCAUUAGUGCCUCGCUGGACUUGACCAAAGGGGCGUUUUCGAUAACAAAGGACGCCUUUAGCAUGCUGAGUCGUGGCUCAGGGAUGAGCAAACUGUUUAGUCCGCAGGCUAAGGAACAGGUCCAACGUUCAGAAGAGUCCUCCCCCUCUCUGGCUGCCAGCCUGCGCCACCAAUCCAUGAAGCAGUCGCCUUCCCAGCAUUCCUUUGAUAGUGCUAUCUUGGAUGGCAGCCUUCCUGACGAAAAUCUCUCUGUGGAUAGUGAUGUCAGCGACAAUUUUGUUGUUCUCAUGGACUCAGAGUCCGGUGUGGAAUCCAUGCGACCCAACAACACUCCUGUGGGCAGUCGAGGCAGCCCAGCGCCAGGGACAGAGGGAGGGUCAUCAGCUGACCUCAGCAGCUCUCUGUCACAAAGUAUUGAGGACGUGUCUCAGGACAUGUCCUCAGUGUUGCUGCUGAUCCUGAAUGGAACAGCGUGCACCAUGGAAGUAAAGGGAGAAGACCAAGUUGUGGCUGUAGAAACACAGAGUGUGAGUCCUGUGCAGAUGGGAACAGUCCGUGUAUCGGACCUGCACGCUGGCCUCAUACAAGCUCCAAGCGGAACGGUCCAGAAGCAGGACAGGCCGCGCAGCAGGGGCUCUCCAGCAGUGUGCAUGCGAGCAGAAACAGGUCCAUGUGCAGCCCGACACUCUGCUAUGGCUGAGUCUUUGGGCUUUGUGGAAAUUAGAGUGCAAGACUGCAAGGCAGAGCUUUUAGCGUCCACGGUGACUAAUAUUGGUCCUUUUCUGGAAGACGAGUUCAGUGUUGAUGGUCAGCCAAUGAAGUUACACAUGAGAAACGUCACCAUCACUAUGAAGGAUGACGGCCCUAAAAUCUACCCCACAGCCCCUCAACCUGUCCCAGCUUCAUUCGUUGUAGAUCAGCUGCUCCUCGAGCGCUCUGAGGACGGCAUCAUGAGGCUCAAAGCUGAAGGUACAGACCCUAAAGCCUCAGCAGGUGUUCCUGUGGCUGGACCGGACAACCUAAACGGUUCCUGCUCUGCUCAACAGCAGAAAGAGAAACAAACCCUGGAGUCCCAGCUCUCUGAUGCCCAGGCUGCUCUCACCAAGGCCCUUGGUGACAGAGAACGCCUCCUUCUGGAAAUCAGGAAACAUGACCCCACGUUUACUCUGUGAGCUGCUCUGUCUUUCACCUCUGAACCUGCUGCUCCGCUGAGGGACAGUGACGGGAUGCAUCAGGCUGAAUGUCAGGAACCAGCAAGACUCCGUAAAAACAUGUCUGGACAUCGGACGUGUUUGAGAAGAUGGAUCCAAAUUAAGGGUUUGGAUCACUUCACACUUCCUAUAUCACACUGAGAUUACAAAAGAGCCCCUGUAACAAUUACUAAAAGGGGGACAUGGUGAACUAAAUUAUAGGUACAUUACCAGUACUACUUUUUAUCUGGCAGUCUAGAUAUUCCUCACUGCUGUACUAAACACAAAUAUUCCUAUUUAUCAUCCAACUCAGUGUGGACAGUAAACUCAUUGUGUAGUUGUAGUUUGUCACACAGCAUGCAAGGAUAAAUAUCAUUAAGCUUUAAUUCUCUCCAGUUAAUUAUUUGUGUUUCGGAAAUGUUUAAGUUGAGCACAUGCCAAAUCCUCCUCUUCAGAUGCACUGACACUGCCAGACAGCUGCUAGUCCCAUCAGUCGCUUCCUCUACAAAACACAACUUAAAGGGAACCUGCUGUAUACGUCAACAAGUGCUCUAUUUUCCCAUGUUUCUGUGUGUAAGUGACUAACGGGAACAAGAAGUUUUGAAAUUGGUUUAUUAUUGAGGGAGAGGGCUGCAGCCGGCAUGAUUAAGCAGGUUGCUAUGUGACCACUGGGGCAAUUGUGCACCGUCAGUUUAAGUCCACUAAAAUUGUUUGUUUUUGCCACUGACGUGCUCAGACGUAGUGUUUGACAACAUUAUGGAAAGGAUCAGUGUAGAGAUGGACCUUGUUGUUUACGAGUAAUAUCCUUUUUUUUAACCAGAAACAGCCCCAAAAUCACUAUUGCCAAACAGACCAGACUACAUUUAAAUAAACAGUAAUUUUCUCAUCAUAAAACACACUUUUUCAAAGUCAAGCGAAACAAAAUAAAACUCCCAAAAGCCGUCUUCGUUUGUUUCCACUCUUCUAGCAACCACCAGCUCUGGUUUGGUUGAACUAAACCUCUUAAUUCAUCCAGUUAGAUGUAAAAAUAUACUGAAUCUAUACAUGCUAAAAUUAAUAAUAGCCAUUUCUGGGCUGUUUCCGGUAAAAAGAAAAAGGAUCAUACUCUUUAAUAAAAAGGUCUUUCUCUUUCCAUAUUGUUGUCAGACCCCAAGAAUAAUAAUCUGAUCCUGUUUGUUGCAAAAAAACAAGCCCUUUUAGUGUGAGUGUUUACAUUGCAGCCUGUUUCACCGCUGCCGGCUCCAGCGCUCUCUCGCUGAAUACUUAACCAACUUCAAAAACUGUCUUUCCCAUUAGACACAAGAACAUAGGAAAUUAGGGGCGAGGUUGAAAAAUACUUCAAAAGUUACCCUUUAAUGUCAAGCAUGCUUAGUGAACACUGCUAAUUUACAUGUAGCACAUUUACAGAUAGACCGGUAAAGCUCAGUGGAUUUAGUAAUGUAGAUUACGUCACUUAGUUGUGUGUUCCUUUUCAUUUUAAAAGUAUUAUGACAAUAUUAUCAGCUGUUACUUGUUGAAAAUGUGUUGUGAAAGGUAGGGAAAAUAAUGCACUUUUUUUUUUAUUUAAAGAAAGCAAAGCACUGCUUUCUUUGAGAGACGGAUGCAUCUCUUUUUCCACCGUAGUUGCUUUAUCACCAGUGGAAUGGUUACACACUCAUACAGUUCUCAAAAAGCAGGUUGAAUCAUUCCCCAGUGUUAUUUUUCUUUGAGUUAUGCAACAUUGAUCGUGCUUCUUUUGUACUGUGAAACAAUGUGCUCCGAAUGUCCACCCAAGACGACACGCCUUUCGAUCUCUCCCUCGGCUGUGGAGAGCGGGAUGCACAGUAGCUUCAGUGUUGUAACCGGGUUAGUCUUUUCACUCUAACUCUCUGGUUUGAAGAUUAUACCAGCUACCAGAGUUAUAAUACUUGAUCUUGUUAAAACUUGCUUUGUAGCUUGCCAGGAAACAACUCAGACUGCUAGUGUGAUUACCUCUGGGCACAUUUGUCAUGUAUAGUAUAGUGGUCAAGAACUUUUAUUUGUAUAUUUAUUUAGUUUUGUGAUUUUUUUUUUUAAUAUCAGUUACCUUAAAGUAUAUUGAAGCCAUAUCAAUCAACAAAGAAGACAUAAAAAUGCUGUAGUACUGACAAUGUAUGCAGCGUGUACAGUGUGUCAUGUAAAUGACCAGAUUCACUACAAAAACUGAUAUUUGUCAGUGUGUUAAAUCCUGAUCUGCAGAUUUUAUCUGAGGCCAGUCUGUCACUGUCCCUUUUCUAUGCAUAAAUCUGUCAAAUGCAUAGUUUUUAACAAUGAUGGAUUUGAUCAUCAGAUUCAUUUUAUGAAUGCUUGCAUGAAAAAGACCUCUGUCUCAGAUACAUUUAGGUACAAAUGUUCUAUUGUUAAAUCAGUGGUUUAUCAUUUUUGCCCGUGGAGGCAUCCUUGUCUUAUCUUCCCGGCUGUGACGCCACCUUUCACUUCCAUUCAUCAUAGUCCUGUUGUGGGCUGGGAUGACCCCUGGUGGCUGGACUUGCCAGAGCACUCCCCAUUCAUUUUUUUUCUUUCUAUCCUUUGGUUGCCUUGCAAGCUAUGAAUGACAGAUUUACAUUCUUGAAGAGGAAUGUAAGCUAUUUAAGCAAUAGAAAGAAAGCUUAGGUUGAACCAAAAACAUGACAAAGAACGGUAACACUACACAUUUUGGAUGUGGAUUUUUUUUAAGAAAAAUGUUUACCUGUCUAUCAGGAUUUAAUGUUUUUCCCUUAACUGCAUGUGUAUUCGACACGUCCUAACUAUCAGUGUAAUAAAGCAGAGAAACUGCCCUUUAACCUCAGUAUAACUUCUAGUUGUGAUCUCAGCCUUUGAUGUUUAUGUUUUUGCAUGGCCUUAGUAGAUAAAAAAAGGUACAGAAUUGAACAUCCCAUGCUGGAUGCGACAUGUAGCUGUUAAGUUUAUCUGGUUUCCCCUCUCCUCUGUCAGGCCUCAAUGUCACGUAGCGUCCCUGCUGACAAACUGGUGCUCUGAGUUCCAGCUGCUCAUAACAAUGCAAAAAGGAGAUGACGGACAGUGAAGCGAGACUCGCUCGGACACGAGUGUUGUCUCGUUUCAUAAGACUGACCCGGCAACCUGUUGCCACUGGGCACAGAUGUGUGUACUGAGGUUGUGUUGCAUAGUUCAUGCCUUGUGAAUGACUUGCACUCAUGUGAAAAAUUCACUGGAAAUUGCACUUGUUUUGAUGUGAAUCACUUCAAAGGAUUGCAGAGGAGUCCUUGUGAAAUCUUCCUAAGUGAUGCAAAUGUUGGAGACCCUGUGGACAGUAUUUUUGUCAGUUGUGUAGAGUUACAUUGAAUUUUGUAAUCGUCUUUAUCACUUCAUUGAGACUAAUAUAAAAUUGGUUCUGUGAACCAGAGCUAGUAUGUGGAAAAUAUUUUAAAAGUGAAAAAAAUAAAUUAUUAAAUGCUGAACACA